UCCGCGCUGCCGCCGGCCCCGCUGCGCGCUGUGCUCGGCUCCGCAGCCCGCAACCAUGGCGGACAUCAAGACGGGCAUCUUCGCCAAGAACGUGCAGAAGCGGCUCAACCGCGCCCAGGAGAAGGUCCUCCAGAAGCUGGGAAAAGCUGACGAGACAAAAGAUGAACAGUUUGAAGAAUAUGUCCAGAACUUCAAGAGGCAGGAGGCGGAAGGCACCAGACUCCAGCGAGAACUCAGAGGAUACUUAGCAGCAAUCAAAGGCAUGCAAGAGGCCUCCAUGAAACUCACCGAGUCUCUGCAUGAGGUGUAUGAGCCUGAUUGGUAUGGUCGGGAAGACGUGAAGAUGGUUGGAGAGAAAUGUGACGUCCUAUGGGAAGACUUCCAUCAAAAACUAGUGGAUGGGUCCUUGCUGACUCUGGAUACCUACCUGGGCCAGUUUCCUGAUAUAAAGAAUCGUAUCGCCAAGCGCAGCAGGAAGCUGGUAGACUAUGACAGUGCCCGCCACCACCUGGAGGCUCUGCAGAGCUCCAAAAGGAAGGAUGAGAGCCGGAUCUCAAAGGCAGAAGAGGAAUUUCAGAAAGCACAGAAAGUGUUUGAAGAGUUUAACGUUGACUUACAAGAAGAGUUGCCAUCACUGUGGUCAAGACGAGUUGGAUUUUAUGUGAAUACUUUCAAAAAUGUAUCCAGCCUGGAAGCCAAGUUCCAUAAGGAAAUUGCUGUGCUCUGCCACAAACUGUUUGAAGUGAUGACGAAACUGGGCGACCAGCACGCGGACAAGGCCUUCACCAUACAAGGAGCUCCCAGCGAUUCGGGCCCUCUCCGUAUUGCCAAGACCCCAUCGCCACCAGAAGAGCCUUCACCCCCGCCGAGUCCCACAGCUGGCCCCAACCACACGCUCGCACCUGCGUCUCCUGCGCCUGUGCGGCCCAGGUCACCGUCACAGACAAGGAAGGGGCCUCCUGUUCCUCCUCUGCCUAAAGUCACCCCGACCAAGGAACUGCAACAGGAGAACAUUAUCAAUUUCUUUGAAGACAACUUUGUUCCGGAAAUCAAUGUGACGACACCUUCCCAGAAUGAAGCCACCACGGAGGUGAAGAAGGAAGAGACUCUGCUGGAUCUAGACUUCGAUCCCUUCAAGCCUGAGGUGGCACCCGCUGGCUCUGCUGGAGUGAGCCACUCACCCAUGUCUCAGACAUUGCCCUGGGACUUAUGGACGACUAGCACUGAUUUGGCACAACCGGCUCCUGGUGGUUCAUUUAAUGGAUUCACCCAGGCUGAAACUGAACAGGCUGUACCCACCGAGCUGAAAGCAGAGGAGCCUCCUGUCACUGUGGCCCCUGCUGCUGGGCUGGACCUUGAACUGGAGACUGAGGAGCCCCAGGCAGUGGAGGAGUCAGUGAUCCAGCCUGGAAUGGAGGGUGCAGAGACUGUGGGAUCCCAUGUGCCCACUGAGGGGGCUCUGGUGGAGGAAAUAGAGGCAGACAAGGCAGCCCUUCCUGCCAGCGAAGGAGGAAGUUUAGAGGAGACCAAAACGGAGGCAGAAACCACAGAGUUUGCAGACAGUGACAGACCUCCAUCUGCAGAGACAGAUACAGCAGCCACUCAGGAGAAGGUCAUCCCUUCUGUGGUCAUUGAGCCUGCCUCCAACCAUGAAGGAGAAGGGGAACACGAAACAGCCAUGGGUACAGAACCUGAGGAGGCCACAGCGGAUGUGGCUCCUGGGGCCUCCAUGGGGGAACCUCCAGAGCUGGCCAGGGAGCAGGAGCCUCCAGAGGAUUCCCAGGCUGCACCUCCUGAUCAGCUUCCCUCAGGAGGGGAGGCCUCCCCGGAUCAGCCGCCUGGCUUUCUCUACAAGGUGGAAACAUUGCAUGAUUUUGAGGCAGCCAAUUCUGAUGAGCUUAACCUACAAAGGGGUGACGUGGUGCUGGUGGUCCCCUCAGACUCAGAAGCUGACCAGGAUGCAGGCUGGCUUGUGGGGGUGAAGGAAUCGGAUUGGCUUCAAUACAGAGACCUGGCUGCUUACAAAGGUCUCUUUCCCGAAAACUUCACCCGGCGCCUGGAGUAGGGCUGCAGGUACUAUAGAAGGAGCUUCCUGACUGGGUUUGGAACCUCCAUGAAAUCCUGAAGAGUUCACUUUUGCUAUCACACAUGGAAUAACUUCCACGGUGACACCAGACAAAGUUUAAGAAGACUUAUCCACAGAGCAUGUGUGAAAAAAAAUACAUAUAUAUGUAAGAGGGGAGAAAAAAAAGCAAAUGAAGGAAAAAGUCUUCACUUUGUUCUCAUGUGGUCAAUAGCAAGUCUGUGAUUGUCUGAGCUGUGGAUACUUAUACUUGAUCCCCUUUCCAGUUCUCUACUAGCUUUCUCCAGGCCAACCCUUUGUUUCUCUGCACCAACAGUGUGGUACCUAGUGGGCACCCCAGAAGCUGUGUUGAAGUGUUCUGUAGUGCAAAGUUAUCUGACCCCUGCCCAGGCCGGAGCAUGCGUGCGUGCUCUCUCUCUCCUUUUCAGGAUUACUGUGUCUCAAACCAUACUGCUGAAAAUGUUUUCAAUGGUCUUUUCCAACCUGCCUCUCUCUACAUAGAUAUGGACACACAAAUCACACAAGCUAGUCCCUGUGACAUUACACCUAUGUGUAUGCACAAGAUACAUAGGUGCUUCCUUUCCUUUCCUUUCCUAUCCUCCCCUCUCCAUUCCUCCCCUCCCUUUUCCUCCCCUUCCC